AUGUUUAAAACUCUUAAGUCCAAAAACGAGCUAGUGCAUUUGACCCGCAAAAUUGUUCCUCCGUUGCUUCCAACGUUCCACAAAGGUCAAUGCGGUCGAAUUGUUGUGAUCGGCGGCUGUGAGGAUUACACAGGUGCUCCAUUUUUUUCAGCUCACGCAGCUAGUUUGCUUGGUUGCGAUUUGGCCCAUGUGAUCUGUGAAUACUCGGCGGCCACUGUGAUUAAAUCAUACUCGCCGGAUCUCAUGGUCCACCCUUACAUGCAAGAUUCCUCGAAGCUCGACGAGUAUUUCCGGAUCCAGUCCAAAUCACCAUCCCCAGAACUUAUCACCGAUUAUAUCAAAUCAAAGGUGCUUCCCAAAAUCCAAUCGCUUCUCGACAGAAUUCACGUUGUCGUGCUUGGUCCCGGAUUCGGCCGCGACAAGGUCAUGCUCGAGACAAUGAAGUUGGUGAUUCAAGAGAUCAAGAAGAGAGAUUUGCCUGUUAUCUUGGAUGCAGACAGUCUUUAUCUAGUUUCUCAGGAUCCGGAUAUCAUCAAAGGCUACUCCAAGGCGGUGAUAACUCCAAAUCCUGUCGAAUUCAAACGAAUUGCCGAUGCCCUUCAUAUUCAGGAGGAAGAUCCGCGACAGGAGGCCAAGGAGGUGUCAAAGGCCUUGAAAGUUACCAUUUUGCGUAAAGGACCAGUCGAUGUCAUUGUUGACGGAGACCAACUGAUCAUUGCCGAGGAAGAAGGAGGCCUAAGAAGAGUCGGAGGGCUAGGAGACUCACUUAGCGGAAUGAUCGCCACCUUCAUGGCGUGGGGAACAUCUGCCUACCGCAACCAAAUCUGGGAUGAAGCUAAAGAAGAGCCAAUCUUGAGCGAGCAGGAGGUGAAGAUGUUGGCAUGUUUUGGAGGCAGUAUCAUUACAAAACAGGCCUCCAAGUUGGCUUUUGAGGAGCACUACAGAUCAAUGCAAACAUCCGAUGUGCACAAGUACAUUGGACAAUCGUUCUUGAAAACGUUUGGCAAAAAAUAA